UGCAUUGUUUCUGCUUUCGGAGAGCUGCUGACACGCCUCCAACACACUAUCCGUAUCGUACUAUUUCAAUACCAACAAAAACGGCGAUAAUGGCUAGCCUUCCGCUGGCAUCGCGACACACAGCGCCGGCACUUCUUGUUGCUCGCCAAUGGGCUGUAUCAACCUCUAUCGCCACCAGACCUUCGUCAAGGCUCUCGCUGCGGAUUAGGAUCCAAACAGGACAUGGCGUCCGGAGUCUGUCCUACUCAAAACAUUGGCGCUCUCAAUCUCUCCCGACAGUAACCCGUGGCGAUUCCAAGUUGUAUGCCAGCGCCGACGAUGCUGUGGCGGAUAUCAGGAGCGCAUCUGUUGUCUUGAGUUCUGGCUUUGGCUUGUGUGGUGUGCCAGAAACCCUCAUCGAGGCAAUUCGAAAAAGAGGCCCAGAAUCUCUCCACUCCCUAACGGCAGUAUCCAACAAUGCGGGCGCCGAAGGUCGCGGAGGCCUGGCUCUCCUUAUCGAGUCAGGCCAGAUCGAUCGCAUGAUCAUGUCCCACCUAGGAUCCAACAAGAUUCUCGAAAAGAAGUAUCUCACUGGCAAAAUCGCCGUCGAGCUUUGCCCGCAGGGAACAAUAGCCGAGAGGAUACGAGCUGCUGGCAGUGGCAUUCCGGCCUUCUUUACACCUACUGGCGGGCGUACGUUCAUCCAACAAGGCGAGAUUCCCGUUCGCCAUGACGCCGACGGAAAUGUGGUCGAGUACGGCAAGCCCAGAGAAACGAGGAUCUUCAACGGUCGACCGUUCCUGAUGGAAACCGCUCUACCGGGCGACGUAGCUAUCCUGCGCGCAUGGAAGGUUGAUAAAGCUGGAAACUGCGUCUUCCGCUACACGGCCAAGGGCUUUGCGCCGUUGAUGGCCAAGGCCGCAAAGGUGGCCAUCGUCGAGGCGGAGAACAUUGUUGAGGUUGGUGAGAUUGACCCCAACGAUGUGGACCUUCCUGGAAUUUUCAUCGACCGCAUUGUGCCGGCUACGAAACCAUCCCAGGUCGAGGUUCUCAAGACGCGGUCGCGAGACGAUGGCAGUGAUGGAAACCAGGCGAAGGCGGCCAAGCCAGGGGGCUCGGAUGCGCAACAACGGAGGAACAGGAUUGCCAGGCGUGCGGCGAAGGAGCUAAAACAUGGAUUUUAUGUCAAUCUCGGGGUCGGUAUCCCAACCUUGGCUCCGGAGUUCUUGCCGCCUGGACAUCAAGUUUGGAUCCAGUCUGAGAACGGUAUUCUGGGAAUGGGUCCGUACCCCUUGCCCGACGAAGUUGAUCCCGAUAUCGUCAACGCCGGCAAAGAAAGCGUCACCCUCGUCCCCGGCGCCGCCACCUUUGACAGUUCUGAAUCCUUCUCCAUGAUCCGAGGCGGCCACGUCGACGUUUCCAUCCUCGGAGCGCUACAGGUCAGCGCGGCCGGCGACCUUGCAAACUACAUGAUCCCCGGAAAGAUGUUCAAGGGAAUGGGCGGUGCUAUGGACCUGGUGUCUAAUCCGGACAACACCAAGAUCGUGGUGGUUACCGAGCAUGUUGCCAAGGACGGGUCAUCCAAGGUGGUGCAGAGCUGCAGCUUGCCGCUGACGGGUGCAAGGGUUGUCAGCACCAUCAUCACUGAUCUGUGCGUUUUUGAGGUUGACCGGAAGAAGGGUACGCUUACCUUGACGGAGAUUGCGCCGGGGGUAGAUGUUGAGGAAGUGAGGAGCAAGACGGAUGCAGUGUUUUCAGUGGCAGAUGACUUGAAGACGAUGGAAUAGAGCAUUCAAAGCAGUCUAUGCAUAGACCCAGAUAUAGGUUCAUUCAGCAUGCAGAGCGCCAUCUUCAAGUUCGCAUGUUUUGUGUACCCUAAAUGUCAAGGGUUUCCGCAAACACCAAACAUACCAUCUCGAUAUCGGGGAUUGUAGUAUAGUGGUCAGUACUUCUCGUUG